AUGCCGCAUAAAUUACCAACUGAGGAGGAUAGGACAAUCGUCCACAUUAAUAGGGAAACGGUGACCAAUGGCAUCUCGACCGACUUCCCCGGGCACUUUUUCGGUGAGGAUCAUAGCUUCAGCCUCGAUGAAUUCAAGCGUGGCCUCUCAAUCAAGAUACACUACAACAAGCCGCAUGAUCUCUCUCUCUCUCUCAUCGGUGUCGACGCGUCCAUCGCAAACGCCAUCCGCCGCAUCCUAAUCGCUGAAAUAUCUACCCUCGCGAUCGAGACUGUAUUCAUAGAAGACAACACCUCCGUGAUCCACGAUGAGGUGCUGUCUCACAGGUUAGGCUUGAUACCGUUCAAGGGCGGAAAGAAGGGCCUCCAGGAGUUUCUCAAAGAUUUUAAGCGCGGCGAACCCGGCGAGGACCAAUUUGCCAACUCUUUCGACUGGAACACCGUCAGCUUGUCUCUCAAUGUCGAGUGCACCCACAAUCCUGAUGCUGAGGAGGGCGAGACAGACCCGACGAAACUGUACAACCAUGCCAAUGUCUACGCUAAGGAUAUUGUGUUUACUCCGAAUGGUCGGCAAGCCGAAUUCUUCUCCGGAGACGACGCUAUUGCACCUGUGAACCCUGAUAUUCUCAUCGCCAAGCUUCGGCCUAGUCAGCGCAUCAGCCUGGAGAUGCAUAUGCACAAGGGUAUUGGUGCUGAUCACGCCAAGUUCUCACCCGUGGCGACAGCUUCGUACCGCCUGUUGCCGAUUAUUAAUAUUCUCAAACCUAUCCUGGGAGCGGAUGCGCACAAGUUCCAACAGUGCUUCCCGCAAGGUGUUAUUGGGAUCGAGAAGGUCACAAGGCGAGAGGCUUCGGUCAAGGGCAGCGGCUACGAGAACAAGGAGGGCGAGGACAAAGCUGUCGUCUUGGAUCCGAUGAAGGAUACUGUGAGCCGAGAGUGCUUGCGGCAUGCCGAGUUUGAGGGCAAGGUUAAGCUGGGAAGGAAACGGGACCACUUCAUUUUUGGAAUCGAGAGCACGGGUCAAUGGGAUAGCGACGAACUUUUCGUGGAAGCGCUACGCGUUAUGAAGAACAAGUGCCUGGCGUUGGAGAAGCAGGUUGUGUUCAUGGCUCGAUAG